AUGGCGGCGAAGGUUUUAAAAGAGACAAAGUCGAUGACAGCGGCGGAGAUGGCAGCGGAGACGGCGGAGACUGUGGUGUCGUCGGUGAAGUGCUGCUGCUGCGGGUUGGUGGAGGAGUGCACGCAUGCAUACAUUGGGCGCGUGAAGGAGAAGUACGGAGGGCGUUGGAUUUGUGGGCUGUGUGCGGAGGCAGUGAAGGAAGAGAGGGAGAGAGAAAAUCACGAUAACAACCGACGAAGCGCUGAAGCGACACAUGAAGUUCUGCCAACAGUUCAACUCCUUCACUCCUCCCGACAGCACCAACGAGGAUUUCAUCCUCGCCGUCAAACAGAUCCUGUUCCGAACUUUGGAUUCUCCAAGGAAAGACCGUUUCAGUUGUCGCCCACUUGGGAGAUCUCACAGCUGCUUCUCAACCAUGCAAGGAACGCAUGA